UGUCACGACCGGUUUACGCUUCAAUGAAUUUGGACAGAAUGACUCUCGUAUUUAUAAGAGUGGUUUAUCGACUGUUGUGACAAAAUCUAACAGUUCUUUUGGUGUUUCCAAAGUUUUUCGUGAGCAAUGGGCAAAGAACCGAUAGGGAUUAAACUACUGCCUUCAGUUUCACGUGGACCUACAAGAGAUGUUGCGUAUAAAAUCUACAUUCUGGUACUUACAUUUUUCUGCUACACGUGCUACCACCUCUCACGGAAGCCAAUUAGCAUUGUGAAGUCCAGAUUAUAUCGCAACUGUUCAGACCCUUCAGUUUCUUCUGACGAAAGGAAUGGUACAGAGUGUGACUGGAAACCAUUUGAUAAGUCUGAUGCCUCUGCUCUCCUUGGGGGACUCGAUCUGGCCUAUCUCUUUGCCUAUGCUGUCGGCAUGUUCUGCAGUGGUCAUAUAGCUGAGCGCAUAAGCCUGAGACUGUUCAUGUCUGCUGGUAUGAUCCUCACAGGUGUGUUUACUGCUGCUUUCGGCCUUGGAUAUUUUUUCAACAUCCACAGUUUCUACUACUAUGUGAUUGUACAGAUUUUUGGAGGUCUUGCGCAGUCUACUGGGUGGCCAAGUGUUGUGACUUGUGUGGGCAACUGGUACGGCAAAGGAAAGCGUGGUCUGAUCAUGGGUAUCUGGAACUCUCACACGUCAGUGGGGAACAUUCUGGGCUCCAUUAUAGCUGGCGCGUGGGUUGAUGGGGCAUGGGGUUGGUCCUUCGUGGUGCCCGGCAUCAUCAUUGCAUCCAUGGGCGUGUUGGUCUUCCUGUUUUUGGUUCCAGAACCCGCUGAUGUUGGGUGUACUGAACCUGCUAGUGAUCAGGGAAAAGGGAAUGAGGAGAUCGAAACGCAGAAUUCAUUCUCAAAUUACAAACAGAGUUUCUCAGAUGAUCAGAACUCCGUCCCUGUAAUUGUAACGUCCAAUGGUCACACUCAUUCCUCACAAGAUUGCAGUAUUAAAAAUGGCUAUUGUACAAAUGAAAAAGGCGAGAUUAUUGGGCAUGCCAUUGGCAUUGGUGCAUAUUUUGUUAACGGAGACACUAUUGCAUCUGGGAAACUCACUCAUUGUUCUGAGGCUGCUGUGAAGACGCAACCUAUUAUUAACAGAGAUGACAAUCCCAAAAGAAGUGAAGCAGUGUCCAUAUGGAGAGCCUUGUUUAUACCUGGAGUGAUAGAAUUUUCUCUCUGCCUGUUCUUUGCCAAACUUGUCAGUUACACAUUCCUGUUUUGGCUACCAAAGUAUAUAUCCAACAAAACUAGCUACAGUGCAGAGAAAGCUGGGGAUCUGUCAACACUAAUGGAUGUUGGUGGUAUUGCAGGGGGUAUAGCGGCAGGCAUGUUCUCGGACUACACCCGGGGUAAAGCCACUACCUGCGUGGUCAUGUUAGUGCUGGGGGCCCCUAUGAUGUUCAUCUACAACGAGUACGGCAGCAUAGACUAUGCACAUAGUGUCGGCUUGCUGCUUCUGCUGGGAUUCAUGGUGAACGGCCCAUACGCCCUGAUCACGACUGCUGUCAGUGCUGACCUGGGCACUCACAAGAGUCUCAAGGGCAACGCCAAGGCCCUCGCCACGGUGACUGCCAUUAUAGACGGCACCGGCAGUGUAGGUGCAGCCCUAGGUCCACUGUUUGCGGGUGUGAUCUCAAAAACUGGCUGGAACAACGUGUUCUGGAUGCUGAUUGGCUGUGACAUUCUAGCCAUAGUGUUUUUGGUCCGCCUUGUUUAUAAGGAAAUAAAAUUGUGGAAACUAGUCGGUUGCGGACCCCAAAUAGAUGAUCCUUCUCUCGAAGUUUAACAGAACAAGGAUUGCCCCCCUUUGGAGCCCAGUUCUUGGUGCGACUGGUUUACAAAGAAAUCCAGCUUUGGAAGCUGUUUGGUUGCAGGGAGCCCCUGGAAGAUAACAAUGAAGAAGUAACUGUACAAAAUAGAUAGCUACACAAAAUGUCAAGACUCCAUAGUUCACUGUAAAUAGAAAAUAUAGUACUCUUACUAGUAAAUGAUAACUUACUAAUAAAGAAUAGUCUUGAAGAUAUAUGUGGAAUAUUUCGCAAAAAUGCAAUCUGUGAUGUGUUUUUUUUGCAAAGUGAUUAUACAUUUACAUUUAAGACUUUUUUUUUAAUAGAAACUAUCAUACAAAAAAUCAUAUUUGAUUGAAUCAUAUUAUAAUUUGAUCUCUGUGAAUUCAUUACUUUCCCUUGAAAAUGGUAUUUGUGAUGUUUUUUGUUAAGGGAUAUAAUAUUUUAAACAGGAUUUUAUUUUUACCUGCAGAAAUUAAGUAUUUAGUUUCUGUAUGAAUGGUUGUCAUUUUUAACAGAAAUCUAUUUUAAUUUCUAAGAUUGAUAUAAAUUGGUGUUUUUAAAGCAGGUGUAAAACGUGCUAUUUUAUGUGUAUGUUCAUAAUGCAUUAACAGUAACGUUUUAUUACAAUACGAUGUAUAUGUUUGGAUAUUUUUAUAUGUUUAUGGUGUAGGAAUCAGGUUGUUCUAUUAAAUAAGCAGUUUAUGUCUUUGUAUGAUGUACUGAAUUUAACUAUUAUAUAUUAAUACAUAUUAAUGCCGGUUGCCAGUUUAUAUCUGUUUUGUAUGCAAAUGCCAUUUGUUAGUUUUGUUCUGUAUUGUAUGUUAAUGCGAGUUGUUUGUUUAUUCUGUUUAUUCCUGUCUCGUAUGUUAAAUUAAUUCCUGUAUUGUAAUGAUUGUAUGUAAGAAUGUAACAUAUGGAUUUGCCUUUUUCAAUACUAGUCACUUUGUUAUCCAUUAAAGUUACUAUCCGCAUUACCUGCCUUCAAGUUCAGGGACUGGUUUUUCAAAGUUAUUUUAUUGUUCAGUUUAAUAGUGUUUGCUCCAGGAUUGUUUUAAUGCUUUUAAAGGUUACAAUGUUUUCUUAGUUUGUGAUUUUGACUGUUUAUUAGCUCACCUGAGCACAACAUGCUGAUGGUGAGCUUUUGUGAUCACCUUUUGUCCGUCGUCCGUUGUGCAGGGUCAACAUUUGCCUUGUUAACUCUAUAGAGGCCACAUUUAUUGUCCAAUCUUCAUGAAAUUUUGUCAGAAGAUUGGUCUCAAUGAUAUCUUAGAGGAGUUAACGUUUACUUGAAAAACAUGCCAAGGGGCGGGGCAUUUUUCCUUAUAUGGCUAUAUAUGGCUAUAGUAAAAUGUUGUUAACACUCUAGAGGCCACAUUUAUUGUCUGAUCUUCAUGAAACUUGGUCAGAAGAUUCAUCCUAAUAAUAUCUUGGACGAGUUCGAAAAUGAUACCGGAUGGUUGAAAAACAUGGCCUCCAGAGGGUGGGGCAUUUUUCCUUAUAUGGCUAUAGUAAAACCUUGUUAACACUCUAGAGGCCACAUUUAUUUUCCGAUCUUCAUGAAACUUGCUCAGAAGAUUUGUCCCAAUAAUAUCUUGGAUGAGUUAAAAAAUGGUAACCUUUGCUUGAAAAACAUGGCUGCCAAGGGGCGGGGCAAUUUUCCUUAUAUGGCUAUAGUAAAAUCUUGUUAACACUCUAGAGGCCACAUUUAUUGUCCAAUCUUAAUGAAACUUGGUCAGAAGAUUCAUCCCAAUAAUAUCUUGGACGAGUUAAAAAAUGAUGCCGGUCGGUUGAAAAACAUGGCCGCCAGGGGGCGGGGCAUUUUUCCUGAUAUGGCGAUAGUAAAACCUUGUUAACACUCUAGAGGCCACAUUUAUUGUCCAAUCUUCACGAAAGUUUGUCUUAUUGAUAUCUUGGAUGAGUUCGAAAAUGGUUACGUUUGCUUGAAAAACAUAGCUGCCAAGGGGCGGGGCAUUUUUCCUUAUAUGGCUAUAUAUGGCUAUAGUAAAAUCUUGUUAACACUCUAGAGGCCACAUUUAUAGUCCGAUCUUCAUGAAACUCGUUCAGAAGAUUCAUCCCAAUAAUAUCUUGGACGAGUUAAAAAAUGAUGCCGGUUGGUUGAAAAACAUGGCCGCCAGGGGCGGGGCAUUUUUCCUUAAAUGGCUAUAGUAAAACCUUGUUAACACUCUAGAGGCCACAUUUAUUGUCCAAUCUUCAUGAAAUUUGGUCAGAAGAUUCAUCCCAAUAAUAUCUUGGAAGAGUUUAAAAAUGAGGCCUGUUGGUUGAAAAACAUGGCUGCCAGGGGGCGGGGCAUUUUUCCUUAUAUGGCUAUAGUAAAACCUUGUUAACACUCUAUAGAGGCUACAUUUAUUCAAUCUUCAUGAAACUUGGUCAGAAGAUUUGUCCCAAUAAUAUCUUGUUAUCUCAGGUGAGCGACUUUGGGCCUUUCAGGCCCUCUUGUUUUAUUUGCUGUUUUAGAAUAAUGGUAUACAUGUAUUUAAGUUUUAAUAUUUAGAUUCACAUCAUCUAGUUGACUAUGUUAGUUUUUUCUUGAUUGAAAAUCACUUAAAUACUUGUUGUUGUUUUAUUGUACUUGAAUUCCUAAUACUUAAAGAUAAUAUCUUUAUUAAGCUGAAGUAUUUGUUAUGUUUUGACACAUAACCUCCAGAGGAUGAAGGGCAUAUGUAGCAUAAUGUAAAAAUGAGACAUUUGACCCACGCGGCGUUGUCAAUUCUGACCCCAGAGGAAAAAUUUGUACAAUUUUUAACAUGACAGCCUUACAGUGUUAAAUAUCAAAUAUUAGACCAUUUCACCAUUUGAAUAAGUGGAAAUGAUUGUUAAUUCAUGUUCCUAUAUAAGUCUUCUAACUAUAGGACUCAAAGGGCGUGGCCAGUUUUGACCCCAGGGUUAUAAUUCAAUGUCGCAAAUUAAAUGCGUUACCUUUCGGUAUCAGUUGUAAUAUGUUUUGCUAAUAAUCAGUAUGUUCAUAAUCAUAUCGUUACAUUCAUACAAAAUGCAAUUACAAAUUCAUAACUUUUUUUGAUAACCCACAUUUCAUUAAUGAAAUUUUUUGUUACAAAUAACUAAUGUUAUUAGUUUACCACACAUAAAGAGAAUGUAAAAUUAAUUACACUGAAUUGUUCAUAUAAAAUGUUGUACAUAUAUAACCUGAUUGAACUGUAUUGUAAAUGAGAAAGGUUCUUUACAAAGUCUGUAAACCAUGUCAAGUCACAUACAAUAUGUCUAUGUGCAUGUAUCUUAAAUUUAUUUAAUCAGACAUAUAACAAUUGUACUCCCUUGGCAUAGAACAUGUUAUUGUUUUAAAAUUAAACAAGAAAUGAAGCUAGAAUGUAGUAUGUAGCAGAUGUAGACACAAUGUAUUAAAGAAAAAAGUCUCAUACUUAACAGUGGGACAAUCACUUUUUGCGCCCACUUUUACAGAAUCUUUAAGUAUUUUAUAGGAUUUAAAAAGAAAUACUAUUUGACAAAUUGUUUCUUAUUGCCAAAACUUAGUUCAUUGCUUAUUAAAGUACUUGCAUCAUGAAAAUUGUUUACUGUUCAAAUUAUUUCUUAUUGCAAAAACUUAGUUCAUUGCUUAUUGAAGUACUUGCAUCAUGAAUAUUGUUUACUGUUGAAGUUAUUAAUUAAAGACAAUAAACAAUGUGAUUUGUU